CUAGACGAGUGUUUAAAAUAGCAAAUGUCUUCGCAGGUGAAUUAACCAAUCAGAGAAUAAAACACCUUACACUCAUCCAAUCACAGCCUACUUCCUGCAAUACGGACGUUGUCCAAAGAUGGCUGCUGCAGUAACAGUGAAGGAGAAAAGUCCAUUAGUGUUUGAGAGAACAAAAUAACUUUGGGAGGAUAUCAACAGCUGCUUAAAAGACACAUAAGUCGGUGUCAAAAACCAGAGCCCAUCUCCUGGUGGUAACCUGCAGGUGUUGCUGCAUUUUCCUGUCACUCUGGCAGAGGACGGUUUCCAGGUGGGAACUCCCAGCAGCACCACCCUGCCUCCGCCUGCUUUUCCUCGCCUCUGCAUAUGAGUGACCUGAAGGCGUCGGGAAGAAACGGCCCCGCUGUGGGCUCCCCACGUCUGGACGCGCUGCGGUGGCACUGAAGGCCUCUUGCCAGGCGUCGAUGACAGCUUGAGAAGCAGAGCAUGUGGAGUGGUCAGGGUCGGCAUGGCGACGCAGGACAAGAAGCAGGAGGCAGAUGGUGUGACUCGUGGCCUUUCCACCAGCCAGGCUCUGGUGAAGCUCCGGGACCAGCUGAGCAUCCUGCUGGAGCAGCACCAGAGAGCCACACGGAGACGGGUUUCUUGGCUGGAACAAUGGCAAAAUAGCUUCAUUUACCAUGGCAACCGACAAUCCUGUCUCCACUGGCCAGGCGGGGCUCUGACUCUUCUGGUGGUGGUGGGACUUCUCUGCUGCCAUGGCAGCCAGCCGAAGGGCAGCUCUGGUAUAGAGAUGGUGAAUUCUGCAGCCCUGCUCCUUCUCUUCCUGUUAAACCUGCUUCUGGUCGGACGCCAGGAGAGACUCAACAAAACCGAGAUGGUCCGGCGCCUCAGACGCAUCAUCGCACAGCUCAAUGAUUAUCUGUCAGGGUGUGUGGCUGAAAUUCAGUGGCCUUCUUCUCUUUACCCUGACCUCUACACGCCCUCGUCUCCAUCAUGGUCACUUCACUGGACCUACCGGGAUUCCCAGCUGGUUAACCUCCCCGUCAGUCUGCUGGUGGAAGGAGACAUCAUUGCUCUACGACCUGGCCAGCAGGCGUUUGCAUCUCUCAAGGGCGUCAAGGACGAUGAGCACAUAGUGUUGGAACCAGGAGAUUUAUUCCCACCGUUAUCGCCUCCCCCUUCACCUCGGACUGAGAAGAGGGGGCCCCAGAGCCCCCAGCAACACCGCCACUUCAGAGUGGUUCGGACCCCGGUGCUGGAGCCGGUCAGGAACGCUUUGGAGCUGGCCCUGUCCCGGCCCAUCACAGUGCUGGAUAAUGAGAGGUUUACUGUUCAGUCCAUCAUCACGAAGCUCGUCUGUCCUGUUGUGCUGGUGGCGUUCCUGGUGGUGAACACAAUUCGCUUUUUCUGGCAGGCCCCCAGCAUCACUCCUCCCUGCUACAACUUCCUUCAGCUCCAGCUCAUGGCUGUGCUGCCCAUCCUGCCGCUGCUCUUCCCUGUCAUGUGGGUCCUGGUAAAUGCCUUUGGAGAGGCCAGAGUCCUGUCUGAGUUCAGUCGCGCAUCUCCAGCUGGCUUGGAUUUGCUGCGCUGUGUCUGGAGACACAUGGUUGGCGUGUUGAAGGGAGAAUCUGAGACUCUGUGCUACACUUCCAGCCUGCUGCACACUCUGGGCUCUGUCACUGUGCUGUGCUGCGUGGACAAGCAGGGCGUCCUGUCAUGGCCAAACCCGAGUCCAGAGACGGUUCUGUUCUUCAGUGGGAGAGUGGAACCGCCUCACAGCAGCCAGGACGACCUCCGAGACGACCUGUCGGUGAACUCCUACUGCCGGAUGGAAACCGAAGAUGACCGGGAUGAGUCUCAAGAAGCAGAGACUCUGCUCUGUCCCCCGGAGGAGCCCGCCGUCCAGCUGGGGGACGCAGCCGAGCCCACUGAGACAACGUCGCAUGACGCGGCUCGCCCAUCUGAGACGGUCAGACUCCGGCGGCCUGUUCAGCCCACGACACAUUCCCGGACCAAACAUCACUCUGGAUCCAACGUCAGCUUCAGCCACGACACCGAGGGAGGCGAGGAGGAGCAGGAUUUUGCUCUGGGCUGUCCAGAAGCCGAGGCAGAGGACUUUGUGUGCGACUACCACCUGGAGAUGCUGAGCUUGUCUCAGGACCAGCAGAACCCGACCAGCAUCCAGUUCGACGAUCUCUCCUGGCAGUGCCACCUGCCCUCUCUGAAGCCGCUGGGCCUCAACAUCAUGCUGAACCUGUGCAACGCCGGGGUCACCCAGCAGCUGUGCCGCUUCUCAGACCAUCUGUCCAACCUGGCCCUGCAGGAGAGCCACGGCUCCGUGCUGCCCGUCUACGUUCCCUGGGGCCUCUGUGAGCUCUCCAGGCUGAUUGGCUUCACUCCUGGAGCCAGGGAGCUGUUUAAACAGGAGAACCACCUGACCCUCUACCAGCUGCCAUCCAGAGAGAAGACCAAGGAGUUCACUUCUCGUCGCCUCCCAUCCUUCACCAAGCGCCAGCCCCCCAUCUCCCACCUCAUGUCCCUGUGUGUGCGAGACUCCUCCUCCAACAGCGUCCAGAUGCUGUCACAUGGUUCAGCUGACCUGAUCCUAGAGGCCUGCACUGACUUCUGGGAUGGAACUGAUAUCUACCCCCUUUCAGGCUCAGACAGGAAAAAGGUGCUGGACUUCUACCAGCGUGCCUGCCUGUCAGGUUACUGCUCCGCCUUUUCCUACAAACCCAUGCAGGUGUCGCUGUCCGGCCAGCUGAACGGGAAGUGUGUGGAGCUGGCCUUCGGUCCCUGCCUGUUCUCUGGCGUUGAGCUGCCCUCCACCACGCCCAUCAAACACAACCUGUGCAGGAACAGCUGGAGCUCAGACGAGGGGAUCGGAGAGGGAGCGGAGCGGGAGGACUGUGUCCAGGCGCUGAGUGGACAGAUCUUCAUGGGGAUGGUGUCGUCUCAAUUCCAGGCCAAGCUGGACACGGUCCGUCUCAUCGACGCGCUGGUCACUGCUUGCAUCCGCUUUGUGUAUUUUUCCAUGGAGGAUGAGCUGCGCAGCAAGGUGUUUGCAGAGAAGAUGGGUUUAGAGACAGGCUGGAACUGUCACAUAUCUCUGACUCCAAACGGAGACGGCCCCUGUGAGGGGCCUCCGUCCAGCCCGGGACACGGCUCCCUGCACGAAGACCUCCACCAGGACUCCCGGGACGAGGCGGAGGGUCCGCUGCUGCAGGAGGAGGAGGCCCAGUCCGACCGGGCCAGCUUCCAGCCGACAGACAGCGACGUGCCAAGCUUCCUGGAGGAUUGUAACAGAGCCAAGCUGCCUCGGGGGAUCCACCAGGUCCGUCCUCAUCUGAAGAACAUCGACAAUGUGCCUCUUUUAGUGCCGCUCUUCACCGACUGCACCCCCGACACCAUGUGUGAGAUGAUGAAGAUCAUGCAGGAGAACAGGGAGGUGACCUGCUGUCUGGGAAGCUCCGCCAACUUCCGCAACAGCCGCCUCUUUCUGCAAAGCGAUUUCAGCAUUGGGCUGGACCCUCUGUAUCCAUCUCAGUGCUCAUGGGAGACCUUUGGCUACGCCACAGGAGGAGGCUUCAGCGGAGAGGUUGAAGGACUCUCUCCUCUCAGACUGUCAGGACAGCUGAACAGCCUGGGCUGCUCCGUCUCCUUCCACCAGGGAAACAGCGUUAGCUUGAUUAAACUCAUAGAGCAGGCACGACACACAACGUCUAGUAUCCGCAAGUGCUUUCUCUUCCUGCUGCAGUGCCAGCUCAGUCUGGUCAUUCUUCAGUUCUUGGCCUGCCUCGCUCAGCUUCCUCCUCCCAUGAACACCACUGACAUCCUCUGGAUGUCCUGCUUCUGCUGCCCUUUACUCAGUGUGUCACUGUUGGGAAAGCCACCGGACAAUUCGGUUAUGACAGUUGCCACAGGGAAGAACCUGGAUUCAAUCCCAAAGAAGACUCAGAACUACUUCCUGGGCUGUUUCUUCUUAAAGUUCGGCCUCUCGGUGUGUGUGUACCUGUUGGUGUUCGGCUUCACCCUGCAGACUGUGUGCCCUGUUGGCACCAACCUCACCCUGAGUAACAACUCCAUAACAUGCAGCUCCAUAUUCACAGCCAGCUCAUCACAACAGCCUCUGGAGUGGUUUGGUGAUCUGUCCAACGGCCUGCUGCUGACCCAGAAGCUCAUGGCUGGUUUUCUAGUGCUGCACACAGUGGCAAUCUCCCUCAGCUACGUCCACCGCUCCCAGCCUCUGUGGAGGAAGACUCCCUUCAACAACACCUGGUGGUGCCUCACUGUGCCCGUGGUACUGCUGGGCCAGGGCGUUCAGGCCACAGUGGACUACCAGCUGUGGCGGGACCAGAGCAGCCCUCUGACCUUCAGCCUGGCCAGCAUUCCCCUGGAGGUGUGGCUGCUGGCCUCCCUGUCCCCGCUGCUGGUAGUGCUGGUCAACGAAGUGGUGAAGCUGCAUGAGAUACGGGAUCGGGUUCGGUACCAGAAGAGACAGAAGCUGCAGUUUGAAACAAAACUUGGGAUGAACUCUCCUUUCUAAAGCCCCCCCCCCCCCCCCUCCCCCCCAACCUCACUGCCCUGAUCAGAGGACGAUGAUGUUCUGGCAGCUCUGGGCGCCGGCUGGUUCCCUCGAGAAACCAGCAGCCUUUCUGCUCCCCCUGCAGGGAGGGGCAGGUGUCAUGGUGGACAGUGGUUGACCUGCUGCUGCAGCUGGCCGAGCCGGAGCCGGACCUGCGGCACCUCCACGUGGUAGUAGAGGCGUGAGGAACGCUGUCGGACAUGUUUACUGUAUAUUCCCCAGGUUCCGCUCUGUUCUCCACCACCAGGAUCCAUGUGCAUGUUCUCCAGGAAUGCUCCACGUCCCGUAGAGCGCUGCAGCUGACAUUCACCUCAUCACUGUGUAUCAUAGUUCAUCAGUCUUCACAAAAACGUGGCAUCCUUUUUUUUACCCUUCUUUAAAUGUAAAUGUAGGGCUAAAAAAAAACAACAAAAAAAAAACAUGACCGCCUGAAACUAUGGAGCCUCAAUGUGUGCAAGAAUUUCAGAGAAAUGGCCUAAAAUAAGCUGUGGAGAAAAAUAGUAACCUAAGGAAGUGGAGAAUAUUUAGUGUAAAUCCUGAACUAUUUCUCAAUAACUUUAAACACUUUUUAAAGCUUUUAUUUCAUCUCUUGGAUUUUUAGUUGACUUCUUUACAAACAUGAUAUGAACGGUUUCCCUGGAGACCUCCUCAGCCAAUCACUUGAGAUCAUCAUGGUCACCCGAGCUGAGACCAGCAUGCACCAGCACAGUUCAGCAAUAGGAUGCCAUGAACCCGGCUACUGGUUAGAGUUCUCACUACUGCUGUUAAACAACCACUUCCAGUGAAAAUAAAAUGUUGGAGGUCAUUUUGUUUGUCCCUGUGUGUCCGUCUGGCCCGGUGUGUCCGUCUGCAGCGUGUCACAGUGUUUGGUGCAUGCAGUCCCCAUGUUCUGCCACACAAUAGGUUUGAUACAUAUAUACACAUAUACAUAUGUAUAGGCAUAUACAUAUGUAUGUAGAUAUGUGUAUGCAUAUACACGUGUAUAUAACAAUUGUAGAAGAUCCAAACAAAAUUUUCUUUAAAAUAGUAAAAUAUUUCUGCCAUGUGAUUUCCACUCAAAAGUGGCAAUAUGCACGUUUAUAUAAAAUCUAUAUUUUUUAAAACCUACUGGCACACCUGGAAUUUCUUGUGCAUUUCGUGGUUGCUAUGGUUGCUUGAGGAACAAAGCAGGUUCAUAAAUUUGACUGGCAGCCAAUCAGAAAGAUGAGCAUGGCAAACAACAUUUCAGCAAACAACGGCAUUUAAAUGGAUACUUUUAAUAAUUAUUGAAAAAGAGAUGAGAUUUUAUGAUUAAAAAAAAAGAUUAAAAAAUUUAUUGUUUUGAUUUUUUUUUUGUAUUCCAUUAGUCAGAAACCCAGAGGGAUUUGUUCCGUUUAGCUCAGUAACCGGCUAACUGCUAGCCGCUAUUAGCCAUUCCCACAAUAAAGGAGCGAGGGCAAAAUGUGCGCUAACAGAUUUGCCACAGACUUUAUGGAGCGAGCUGAGAGAACGGCAGCCAUUUAUUACUGCAGCUGUCACUAUUGUAGUAGCGUGGCAGCCAUGUUGAUUUUGAGUUUUGGCUCGGUGUGAAGAUCUUUUUCCGACUUUUGAGUCCUAAUCGAGCCAGAACAAUCCCAUAAUUCCUUGUUCUUCAACCACCUGAGAACUUCUGCCGUCUGCAUGGAAACUGAGUCCAGUUUGUUGGGAACUAUUUCCUGCAGCUGCUGCUGAAUGUACCGAAACGUCGGAAUCUGUUGGUGCUUGAAAACAACCAAACUUUUCAUUGGAAGUGACAACUUGCCAUAAAACCUGAAUAAAUUUUUUUUUUAACGGAUGUAUUGUCACUACCUCUAAAAACAUCAUGACCCACAAGUUUUUCUCUCUGCUGCGUUUGGAUCCAGAUUGAGUUGUUUUAUUCAUACCUACAUUCAGCCAAAUCUACUACAUUAUGACUUUGUUAAUGGAUGUUUGUGCUGAAUUACCAGAUUCUUCUAGAUGCAUUUUAUGCCUCAGUUGCUUCAGCCUCUAGUUUUAAUCUAAAACUCAGCUGAAGGAUCUCAACUUAUAGAGGUCAAUUUUAUGGUGCAGAGAUUUAAUAUCUGAAUUGGCUAAAAAGCAUCCAGAGAUUCUGGUCCUAUAAUAAUCUAAAAAUUUUUGAUUAUUAGGUGAAUCUGGGAAAGCUGGCCGGGGAACAGUGGGGUCACGGCGGGGUCACGGCCACACGAAGGACCUGAGCGUCAACCUGAGAGCAGAUCGCUCCCUUACAGUCUUCAGAUCAGACAAAACAAUACUUUAAAAUAAGCGUCAUAAAUAAAAUAAAAAACACACACAUCGCUCCUGGCCGUGCUGGAAUGUGACAGAAUGCUGUUAGCUUGAAUUUGAUCAUUUUAUUUGGAAAUCUUGCCAUAACUACAUGUUGCAUUUCAUGCAGAGUUUUUAAAAACACUGACAGAACUGAGACUUAAAUAAAAGCCUGAGGCCAAGCAGCCUGGUGUGUGCUGGUCAUCUUCCUCUGAUGAUCACUACUGGUCACACUGAGGUCAGGGCUUUCACUGAACUCAUCAGUUAUAUAAAGUCAUAUAUUAUACAGGCUUUCUAAAAAAGCUUUCAUACUAAAGAAAGCAAAGCUAAUUAUUGGUGGCUGGAAACUUUUCUAUGUUACUGAAAGUCAGCAGGAGUUUUUUUGAAAGACAGAAGUUUAUUUGAAAUUCCAGAUGAAUGUUUUUAAAGUAAAAACAAGAACAGAAGAAAACUUCUUCUUUUUUUACUGUUUGGUUGUUCUGCAUGAACUGAGAUGCUUCCAUAAGGACAGUCAACAAUGUACAUGCUGCAGAUUUGAAAGUGUAUAUUCAGACGGAUUUGUUUGUGUCUCGAUUAUAUCUGAAGAUUAAACGGAUCAUUGGUAAAGGA